AUGAAGCGAAUUGAUAUCAAUACAAAACACAUAAGAGAGCUUACCUCACAGCUCAGUGUCGAAACCAAUUUAGUCACGCCAAGCUCCUCAGAGUAUGAGGAUGCCAUCAAGAGAUGGUCCGCCACCGCUGUUAAACGUGCGGGAGCCGUCAGCUACCCUAAAACCGCAAGUGAGGUGUCAAAACUUGUUACAUUUGCGUCAAGAAAUAACCUCAAACUUGCCGUCAAGGGUGGUGGCCACUCAACUGGUGGUACUAGCUCUACCAACGGUGGACUCGUUAUUGACUUGAGCAAAAUGCGAAAGGUCACAGUGGAUUAUGACAAGAAAAUUAUUAUUGCUCAGGGUGGUGCAUUGUGGGAGGAUGUUGACAAGGCUGCAGCAGAGUAUGGUCUGGCCACCGUUGGUGGGACGGUAAACCAUACUGGAAUUGGUGGCUUAACUCUUGGGGGUGGAUUUGGCUGGCUGUCUGGAAUGCACGGUGCAGUAAUCGACAACCUAGUCUCAGCGACUGUGGUCAUUGCGAACGGAGAUGUAUUGAGGGCAACAGAGACCGAGAAUCGUGAUCUCUUCUGGGCCAUCCGCGGCGCGGGUCACAAUUUUGGGGUUGCCGUUGAAUUUCAAUAUAAGGCUUACGAUCAACCAGAUAUGGUAUACGCUGGGUUACUCUUUUUCACACCAGACAAACUCGGAAGUCUCGUUGAUGUGCUGAACGAAAAUAAUACCCCUCGUGCUGCUGUUAUGUGUGUUUUUGGUGUGCCGCCACGAUUUUCGAGCGCAAUUAUCGUCUUGAUUUGCUUCUACAACGGAACAGAGCAAAUAGCAACGGAGCACUUUACCCCGGUAUUGGAUCUUGGCCCAAUAGCAAACACUCUUGGGCCAAUCCCUUACGCCCAGAUGAACAGCCUUCUCAACCCGAUGACAGAACCAGGCGGGCGAAAGACUGGUAAAGGGGCCGCUUUUUCACCCCCGAUUCGGAAGGAGUUUGUGGAAUCCGUUUUCCAAGUAUUUUCGAAGAAGCUUAGUGAAGAACCUGACUUACAAAAGUCGAUAUUGGCUAUAGAAUUUUACGACAUGACCAAAACAAGAUCUGUGGCUGUGGAGAGCACUGCAUUUCCUACACGGGGGAAGCUUCAUAUGGGUAUUAUUAACCUGUCAUGGUCGGAACCCGAAAACGACGAAAAGUUUCGCAGUUGGGCUCGUUUUUUGCAGAUAAUGUGCCGGGAGGAAAUUCUUCGCGUACGAAAUCAAACGUCUCAAGCAACUGUUUUUGAGUAUGCUAACUAUCUAGAGCCUGGUGAUGUAACGUCAGGGACUCUCUUUGGAGCCAAUUCCAAUAAAUUAGCUGUGCUCAAAGCCCGAUAUGACCCUGACAAUCUAUUCUACAAAACGAACCCGAUCACGCCGGCAACAACCUAG